GCUGGCAGCGGGUCGGGCUGGAUGACCCCGGGGGGGCCCCGUCCAGCUAGCUCUGUGCUUGGGAUGCCAAGAGGGCAGGCCGGCCGGGGGAGGGCCUUGCCGAUGGACCCGGCGCCACCGGCACCCUUGGCCGUCCAGGUCCACGUGGCAGGUGGCACAAGGCUUUGGCAGCCCGGCGCUUGGAAGUCUGGAGUCUUUGGGGUGCUGCUGUUGGCAUCCCUUUGUCUCAAGAGAGCAGCCUUGGGGUCAAGUCAGAUUGGGACAGGUGUCAGAGCGUGCAGAGAAAGGGGCGCUUUCAGCCCACUUCCAGCGCAAAACAGACCCCAGGUGGAAAGACCCCCCCACUGCCCCCCCCUAGCAAAGGAGAGAGCACUCAGGAUGCUACUCCUGAGGAGCUGGUGUGUGUCACAUGCUGCUGGGACCGGGGAGGAGGUUCUUUGUCCCAACAGCUGUUCCUUGGCAGCUGUUUUGGAAUAUGUGGCCCACUAGUUCUGGUGUUGGCAUAAGGGUUCCUUCCAACCCUCUCCAAAAAUCUGGGUGUCUUCAGUGCUCCUAGAGCAGGCAUGUCCAACAGGUAGAUUGUGAUCUACCGGUAGAUCACUGGACGCCUGCGGUAGAUCACUGGCUCCCCCCAAAGAAGCUGAACAACUAUGGCUCCCUUUAAAAAAGCUCAACAUUUUACGUCCUCCCUGAAAAAACUCAACAACUUUGACCCAACACCCCCCCCCCAAAUGGGCCUUCCUUCUUCCUAAAAAAAAGACCAACAACUUUGACCUGAACCCCCCCAAAAGGGGUUAGAUCAUUGCCAGUUUUUAACUCUGUGAUUAGAUCGCAGUCUCUUGGGAGUUGGCCACCCCUGUCCUAGAGGAAAGAAGGGAGCCAGUGUGUUCUGCAAGUCCGGAACAGAUUGGGCUUGCAAGGCUGCCGUCCAGGCCUCUGUCCUCGUGGAGCGUGGCCAAGAGAUGAGGAGGCAACGGGGUCUGUGCCUUUGCUGUCCCUGACAGAGUGGGUCUUGCCCACCCUCUCUGCAUUGCAGCAGGGGGUUGGACUAGAUGACUCUGGAGGGCCCUCCCGACUCUGCCAUUCUGUGGCUCUUCCUGCUCUGCCUUCCCCGCAGGCCUCAUGUGGAUGCACCAGCUGGAGGGGGACGUCCGGCUGCGUCACACCUGUGAGCAGAGUGACGGCCUCCCGCGCUACGGCUGGCUGCUUCACGACGGCGUCAAUUUUGGGGUGCAGGAGAUCCAGGACGUUGGCCUCAGCCUGCAGACGGAGUUUGUGAAGCGGCCUGGGGGUCAGCACGGGGGAGACUGGAGCUGGAGGGUCACGGUGCGGCCCGAGAGAACUGGGCCCCCGGCUCCCUUCAUCUCUCUGCUCUUCUACAUGGCGACGGAUGGGCAGGGGUCUUUGCAGCCUGUGGUAGAGCAGAAGACGGGCCGCUUGGCAUCCCUGACAGGCACAACAGAGGAGCUGGGCCACUUCACCAUCACCUUCCAGCAGCCCACCAAUGAGGCUGGCACAGCACCUCUCUACGCCAGUUACAACUACCUGCAGGCACAGGCCGAAGGGCUGGACCGCCUGAGCGACGUGGUGAAAGCCAGCCUGACCCCUCGCUUCACCUUUGCCCCGCCAGGAGCCCCCAAGCGCCGCUACUUUGGGGUGGAAGCCUACCACCCCCCGGCCGGGGAGAGGGGGCUGCUGCCUCACAGCCAGCUGUUGGUGCACCAGGUGACGGUGUCGCUGCCUUGCCGCCUGGAGGUGCUCUUUGAAUCGGGCAGCGUGGGCGGCCGUGCCGGGCGGCUGGCGGGCGAGGCUCUGUCGCAGGAGCUGGGCCGCCACACGGCAGCCUUUGAGCGGCGCUUCGAGGAGGCCUUUGGCCUGGCCCGCAAGGGCUUCUCGUCGCCGGAGCAGAGCUUUGCCCGAGCCGCCCUCAGCAACAUGCUGGGUGGGAUGGGUUACUUCCACGGGCGCUCGCUGGUGCAGUCGCCCCAUGCCGAGCUCCCCCAGCCCUACCCGGAGGCGCCGCUCUUCACAGCCGUGCCCUCGCGCUCCUUCUUCCCGCGGGGCUUCCUGUGGGACGAGGGCUUCCACCAGCUGCUGCUGGCCCGCUGGGACGCGGCCCUCAGCCGAGACGUGCUGGCGCACUGGCUGGACCUCAUGAACGCCGAAGGCUGGAUCCCACGGGAGCAGAUCCUGGGCGCCGAGGCCCGUGCCAAGGUGCCCGCCGAGUUCGUUGUGCAGCACAGCAGUGCCGGAAACCCCCCGACGCUCUUCCUGGCGCUGCGGCAGCUGCUGGCCCAGGAAGCUCUGGGGACGGACUACCUGCGGCGCCUCUACCCGCGGCUGCAGAGCUGGUACGAUUGGUACAACAGCACGCAGGCCGGGCCGCUGCCCUUCACCUUCCGCUGGCGCGGCCGCGACCGGGACACCCAGGCGUUCCUGAACCCCAAGACGCUCACCUCCGGCCUGGACGACUACCCGAGGGCCUCGCACCCCUCGGAGGACGAGCGGCACCUGGACCUGCGCUGCUGGAUGGCCGUGGCCUCGGGCGUCAUGGCGGAGGUGGCCAUGCGUCUCGGGGAGCCGGCUGAGGAGUACCGUCACAUGGCGGAGGUGCUGUCGGACGGGCAGCUGCUCGACCGGCACCACUGGGCCGAGGCCCUAGGCACCUUUGCCGACUACGGCAACCACACGCAGGCGGCGGCCCUGGAGCGCGAGAAGCUGCGCCCCCCUCCUCCGGGGCAGCCCCUGCCCACGCCGCGCCUGUUGCGGGUGGUGCGGAAGCCGCCCCGGCUGCAGUUUGUGGGGGGCGCUUUUGGCUACGUGAGCCUGUUCCCGCUGCUCCUGCAGCUGCUGCGCCCCGACUCACCGCGCCUGGGCAGCCUGCUGACCGACCUGCGCAGCGAGAGGAAGCUCUGGACGCCCUUUGGGCUGCGCUCUCUGUCGCGCUCCAGCCCCUUCUACCUCAAGCACAACACGGAGCACGACCCCCCGUACUGGAGGGGCCCGGUGUGGCUCAACAUCAACUUCCUGGCCGUGCGGGCUCUGCAGCACUACGGCCGGCUGGAGGGGCCCUUCCGGGAGCAGGCGGCCGCCCUGUACCGGGAGCUGCGGGCCAACGUCGUGGGCAACGUCUACCGGCAGUACCUGGAGAGCGGCUACGUCUGGGAGCAGUAUCACGACGGCACAGGCAAGGGCCAAGGGUGCUACCCCUUCACGGGCUGGUCGGCCCUGGUGGUGCUCAUGAUGGCCGAGGAGUACUGAGCUUCUGAAAGUGCCUGUGCCACGCUCUUGGUGGGCGCGGUGCCCGCCUCCUCCCCUCAGGUGUUUUGAAUCCUGGGCAGCUGGCCGCAGCUGCUCUCCCUACACCUCCCUCCAGGAUCGGACUUCUGAUUUUCUAGCGAAAUAAAGCUGUGAAGCUGGAUGUGCCAGUGGCCUCUUGCGGGAAAGGAGCUGGGCUGUGGGAAGGUGCCUCCAUGGUCUGCUUUGGCAUUCCCUUGGGCUGCCACCUCUGGAGUUUGGAGCGGGGAGGGGAGAUAGAUGCCUUGGAGUCAGAAGCAAAGGCAACAGGAAGGGGGUUUGUGCGCUCAGAGUGGCUCACCCAGGGGCUGCUGGUGAAUCUGCACUUGGGAUUUUAUUUAUUGUUAAUUUGCAAAAUUUAUAUGCCACUUUGUUGUUUUUUUGGGGGGGGGGAACCUCAAAGCCUUUUAAUGUUUUUAGCUCCUGGGAGGGAGGAUUUUGACUGGGCCCGUUGCUUACGAUUUGGGGAGUGCAGCUACCCAAAGGCAAACGUGCUGCAAGUUAACAACUUUUUGAAGCCUUGGGGAUUAACGAGUUUAUGGUGCUACUAGUGUAAUUCAGCCCGUUGAGUAAACGGGCGCAGCGCUUCUCCA